GCAGGCGGGGGCCGGGGCUGCAGCCGCGCCUGGCAGAUGGACCCACGGACCCACAGACCCGGCGCCAUGUCUCACGGCCCGGGGGUCAUUCGCACCACGUGCAGCAGCAGUGGCAUCGUCGGAAUGGGCGCGCCGCCCCCGGGCCCGGCCCCAGUCCCGGGCCCCUCGGAGGGGCUGCUGGCCCGCGGUUACCCCACCACCUACCCCGCCUUGCUCAAGGUGGCGCAGAUGAUCUCCCUCCUCAUUGCCUUCCUCUGCGUGAAGAACUCCAUGUGGACUGACUACAGCGCUUACAGCUACUUUGAAGUCGUCACCAUGUGUGACCUGCUGAUGAUUCUCGUCUUCUACCUGGUCCAUCUUUUCUGCAUCUACAGGAUGCUCACCUGUAUCAGCUGGCCAUUGGCGGAAUUUCUCCAUUACUUAAUUGGUACAAUCCUCCUGCUGAUUGCAUCCAUUGUGGCAGCAUCCAAGAGUCAUGGCAUAGACGGCCUUGUGGCAGGAGCGGUCUUUGGGUUCCUGGCUACUUUCCUGUGCACGGUGAGCAUCUGGUCAUCCUACAAGAUCUCGUGUAUAACCCAGGCCACAGCUGCAGCUGUGUGAUGGCGUCACUCAGAAUGCCUCGUACCCCCUGGUAGGAAGAGCCCCCGUGGGGCUGAAGGGGACAUGCGGCUGAGAGGGGAGGCCAGCCAGAAGGACCACCUGUUGGUGGUGGGACGAAGAAAGGCUUUUGAAGCAAAGUCUUUGGUGCCAAAGUCCUGCUGAGAAGGAUGGAGGGGCCUCUGGAGGGUCUCCCCACCCCCUUCCUGGAGCUCUGCCCAGAAGAUGACUUUCCCAAGACUCUUACUCCAGCUUUCUUCGCAGCAGCCUGCCUCUUCUUAGGAGUGGGAUGGGACGGACUGGACGGGAUGGGACGGGAAGGGAAGCCACACCUCCAGCAGCCCUUUGCCUUGUUCUGUCAGUGAAGCCUCUUCAGGUCCUGGUCUCCCAUUUCCUGGAAUAGGAGUGUAAAACUGAGUCCUUGUUUAACGCUGUCUUCAGUUCACUCUGGACCUAAGGAGCCUUAUGUAAAUCCUUUUGUGAAACACCAGUCCCACAUCCCUAAUUUAUCUGCUUUUGUGAAUCCGACUUUGGUGGUGUUUAGCUUGCUUAAAGUGAGACCCACCCAGAUAAAAUCUGUACUAGCAGGAAAGCGACCCCAGCCUCAUUUCAUCGUCACAAACCCAAGGGAGUAAAACUGAAACUCAGCUCACACGGGGAAGAGAUCUUUCUUACAUGCCCACGGAGGCAGCGUAGCUUCUCAAAGGGAAAGUCGCUGCCUGCUCUGGGUGUAGGGCCAACGUACAUGCUUGGUCAGGUCACAUUGUCACUAACGUUUACAGAGUACUUUACAGUUUGCUAAGCACUUGACUCAGUUGGCCCCAAACUGCCUUAUGAGGGAGGGUUCAAAUUCCAGCAACUCUAACGCUCCUUCCUUC